AACAGAAAGUCAACUCAACCUGUGUAUCUGAUCUGUCAGCCAUUAAGGAAUACGAAUUAUUUUUCUGCUUAUUGUUGAAUUUCUACCUUAUUUUCGUAAUUACUCUGGUAUUUAAAAUCGUAAAAGAUAAAAAAUUUGGUCUCAAAAUUAAUUUGAGUGCUUUUGUUCAUCCGACUCUAAGCUAAUAGGAGUUGACCAUGGCGACAUUCUCCGAAAAAGACGAAGAUGCGAAUUGGAAAAGAAAAUAUGAGGAGGCUGAAAGGGAUUUACAGGACUUCCAGGAAAGUUCUCGGCUGAUUGAGAAAGAGUUGGAGAUGUCUCUAGACCAGGCAGAACAACAAAUACGAGAGUUGAGAUCAAAGUGCAACAGGCUUCAGUUUGAAAAUGAGACACUUAAGGACAAAGUGGAGAGCAGCCAGAAGGAGAAGAUGGCACAGAUACAGGAACUCCAAGAGGAGUUGUCACAGAGCCAGCAGAGAGAGGAACACUACCGCAAGUACAUCCGGGAGUUGGAACAGAAGAAUGACGACUUGGAACGUGCACAGAGGGCUAUGUAUGUCUCGUUAGGAGACUUUGAAACUAAGUUGAAUGCCUCGAUCGAACGCAAUGUUUUGCUGGAAUCCGAACUCGAUGAGAAGGAGAGUCUGAAAGUUAUGGUCCAAAGGCUGAAAGAUGAAGCUAGAGAUCUGAAACAGGAGAUACAAGUGAUUCAGAGGACUAAGGCGACACCUCGCGGGACUCCGGUGGACUCAAACAAACUGCCAGACUCUCUGAUGCAGACGCCGACACAUAACACGUCUGUGAAAAGCGCAAAUAUGCCGGCCCGACUGACGCCCCUAAGAGGAGCAACCACCAUGGACAUUGUAGGCGACCUUUUAAAGAAAGUGGGGCUUGAGAAGUGGCUUUGUACCUCCUGUGAUCGAAUCAAAUGUGUCUGCGCAAAUCCUCGCCCCCCUCUCUUUACCUUUCCUAGGCAGUGACAUUGGUUGGUUAGGUUAGGUUAGAGACAAAAGGUUAGACCUACAAUGUGAAAUUGGUGUUCAAACAAUCUAGUAUCAUUAAAUUAAAUAAUAUUUAUAUGUUUAGAUAUUGCUGAAAAUGUAAAAUAUUAAGUUGUAAGGUAUGUCCAAAAAUAUGUCGUGCCUUAGAAUAAUGGGCCUAAUAUUUUGUGUAUUAAAGUAGAAACGUUUUACACUUCUUGACUGGUGCUAUUUACAUUUAGACUUUUGAGUGUUGGUUUUAUUUUUGAAUUUUCUGACGUUCAAAUUUUAUUUUUGAACCACAAUAAAACAUUAAUCCUGUGAUACUAAUAUUGAUAAAAUAGUUUUGGAUUUGGUAGCUUAGUUAGGUAGUUUUUGGUCUUCUUUUGAUUCAAGGAUCAAGAUAAUGUUUAAGAUUUUCAUAAACUGUAUAUCUAGUGAUUUAAAAAUAUUAUUGAUUGUGUUUUAAAUUUUGAACACAUUUGAAUUAAAACUAAAACUAUGGUUUAUUGUGAUAAUUUUUCUACAGUUUGAAUCAAAAAAGACUUUGUGAAAUGCUAUACCGUGUUAGCUUUUCCACGGUAUUUUAAUUGUUGACAAACACUUUUUAGAACUUUGUAUUUUAAGGCCACUUCAAAGGGGCCUGAAGUAGUAAACUUACUUAUUCUGAGCACGAAUACUAGAACAGACACAGAUCAUAAACAUAAACAAAUAAUGUUACUGGCCUGAAAAUAAACAUUAUUUAAUAUUGCUUUAAUGGAAUUGUCUAAACCAUAUUUUAAUGCAAUUAGUAUAGGAUUCGGGACAGCAACGUAAUUUGUUUAUGUUUGUGAUCCAUACCGGUUCUGUUAAAGUAUUCUUGAUUCUGAGUGAUUAAGUUAAAUUAGUUGUAAUCUUUUUGUAUGAUACUAACAUGUUUCAACAUGUUCCUUAGCCAAGUUUUUUUCUUUAAAACAAUAAAUUUACCAUCAGUAUUAGAAGAAAUCAAACUGUAAUAUGUAUUUACUACCACACGGUAAAAUGUACAUCACAUUUUUUUUUUCAAAACCACCCUUUUGUACAAGCAAAAUUGGUAAAUAUCGGCAUUGUUUAAAGCCGGAAAGUUAUUUUUGAUUCAUUCUCUAUUUAUUUUUAUGACUAGUUUUGACAAAGAAAAACAUUAAAUAACAUAACUGGGAAUAUUGCAGUAAUUUUAAAUGGUAUCAAAAAUGUAUUACAUUUUAAAUAUGUAUCUUUAUAUUCAC